CAAAAUGCCAUCGGUGUAAACACAUUUUGCAGCACUAAAUAAUUUACGUAGCACGCCGAUAAAAACCAUUAAAAUCAAAAAAGAGCCAAACAUCUUGUCGACUGUUUACCAACUGGACGCAUUAACCGACAACAACUGGCAACGCAACUAAGAACGUAAACCAUCCGCUUCAAACAGGCGGCCAAUUUGCCAAACGCGACAUAUUCGUGUUGUGGACAGCACAGACAAACACACGCACACCCACAAACAAUAUCAACGACCACGCAAGAAGCAAAAGGAGCUGAAUUUUAAAACACUACAACAACAGCAAAUAAUUUCGAUUUGGCAACCAGACAAAUACAACAAAAACAGCAACAACAACGGAGAACAACUGCAACGUGCACGCCAACAAAAGUACAAUAAGAAUUCUAUGCAAACAGCGCCAAAGGCCAGGCAGCCGUACGAAUAGCCCAGCUAGCCGCAAAUCCAACAACAACAACAAUAAGAACAGCAGCAGCAGCAACAGCAACAACAAAGAUUGCAGCAACAGUCAAGAGGCAUAACAAUAACAAUAACAAACAAUCUGACGUCCAGGGAACUGCCGCAGUCGAGCCACAGCAUUAUCAUGGAGAAGGUCGCGAGCAAACAAUACGAAUCGAAAAUCUGGCCAGAUCUUGUCGAUAGCGAUGACAGCGAUGUGGAGAACGAAAUAGAUGUUGACAAAUUGCCACCACUAGAGGUGGGGCCCAACGAGAAUCGCCUGCAGCACACAUAUUGCCUGUGGUUCUCGCGCAAGGGGACACAGCGAGCGGCCACCGACUAUAGCAAAUCGCUGCAUGUGGUCGGGCGGUGUGCCAGUGUGCAGCAAUGGUGGUCACUAUACUCGCAUCUCAUAAGGCCAACGGCGCUGAAACCCUAUCGGGAGUUGAGUCUCUUCAAACAGGGCAUCAAGCCAAUGUGGGAGGAUCCGGCGAACAGUAAAGGCGGCCAAUGGGUCAUACGUUUGCGAAAGAACAAAAUUGAGCGUGCCUGGGAGAAUGUCUGUAUGGCUAUGCUGGGUGAGCAAUUUCUGGUUGGCGACGAAAUAUGUGGUAUUGUGCUGCAAACGAAGUAUCCGAUGAAAACCAAGCUAAUGGGCAAUCCAAGAACAGCAGCAACGCGAGCGGAUGAGAGACAUCGGUCACGUAGCGCCACCAGGUACCAAGAUGCAGGAGCAAAGGUAACACCACCACCGGCACCAGCACCAGCACCAGCACCAGCAUCUGGAACCGAACACAACGAGUGCCUGCUCACUAAUUAACGCGUGCGGUGCGCGUAGCUGGGUAAAUUAAUGGAGCCACGAGCUAACCCCACACCACGCCACACCCAACCGCCUCAUCUCCAACACUGCCUGCAAUCAGCUCCGGCUACACGCCUCCAGCUGGAAAAUUAAAUUUAACCAAGUCUAUUUUCUGAAAAUAGAAGUACAGCACUUGGAAAAUGUUUGGCCAACCGACA